GAAAAUAUUUGCAAUGUUUCUAAACUUAAAGAAACAUAUAAAGAAGUCCGUGGCAAAAAAUCCAUUUUUGGAAAUAAAAAUGAUAAAAAUAAGAUAUUUGAUAUGUGUGAUAAGAUACUCAAAGACCCCAAGUAUGAUAACAAUAUAAUUUCCAAACUAUUAACAGUAAAUCAAAAACAAUUUAUGGAACAAUUCGAAUCUCAAUUAUCCACGCAUAUUGAAAAGGUCAAAGCAUACGUGAUUAGUUUCGAAUCUUCUAAGAAACCCUUCUUGAAUAUAAAAAUAGAAGAAAUGGAAGGACUUGAAUAUCCAGUUGUUCGUAUCAUUGCAGCUCAAGGGUAUCCAAAUAUCGAAAUGACUACCA